AGUCGGAGUGCAGAGAACAACAAACAAGAUAGGGUGAAGAUCAUCGGGAUGGAUGCAGCUACAUUAACGUACGACACACUUCGGUUCGGAGAGUUUGAAGAUUUUCCUGAGACCUCGGAGCCUGUGUGGAUCUUGGGGAAAGAGUACAACGCGCUCACAGAGAAAGAUGAGAUUCUGUCGGACGUCACAUCACGACUGUGGUUCACAUACAGGAAAAACUUCCCGCCCAUCGGAGGAACGGGGCCGACGUCGGACACAGGGUGGGGGUGUAUGUUACGGUGCGGCCAGAUGAUUCUGGGGGAGGCGCUGAUGUGUAGACACCUAGGCAGGGACUGGAGAUGGGCCAGAGAGCAGAAACAAAGAGAAGAAUACAUCAGCAUUCUCAACGCCUUCAUUGAUAAAAAAGACAGCUACUAUUCCAUCCAUCAAAUCGCCCAGAUGGGAGUGGGAGAGGGAAAGCCGAUCGGACAGUGGUACGGACCCAACACCGUCGCCCAGGUCCUGAAGAAGCUGGCUGUGUUUGAUACGUGGAGCAGGUUAGUCGUCCACGUGGCGAUGGACAACACUGUGAUCAUCGAGGAGAUCAAGCGUCUUUGCAUGCCGUGGCUGGACCUAGCAGGUGAAGCGGAGGGCGAGGCGGAGGUGAACGGCUGCCUGGAAGGAGCGUGCGCUCUGGCUGAGGAGGAGGCGGCUCUAUGGAGGCCGCUGGUCCUGCUCAUCCCGCUCAGGCUGGGCCUGAGUGACAUUAACGAGGCCUACAUUGAAACCCUGAAGCAAUGCUUCAUGCUGCCUCAGUCCCUGGGUGUUAUUGGGGGGAAACCCAACAGUGCCCAUUACUUCAUUGGUUAUGUCGGAGAGGAGCUGAUCUAUUUAGACCCGCACACCACGCAGCCGGCGGUGGAGCCCAGCGAAGACGGCCAGGUCCCCGAUGAAACCUACCACUGUCAGCACCCGCCCUGCCGCAUGCACAUCUGUGAGCUGGACCCGUCCAUCGCAGCGGGCUUCUUCUGCCAAACAGAGGAUGACUUUGAUGACUGGUGUCUGCGCAUCCGAAGGUUGUCCUGCAAGAAAGGCGGCCUGCCCAUGUUUGAGUUGGUAGACAGUCAGCCCGUCCACAUGGUCAGCGUCGACGCCCUGAACCUUACUCCUGAUUUCUCAGACUCGGACCGACUGGAACGGUUCUUUGAUUCCGAGGAUGAAGAGUUUGAAAUCUUGUCCCUGUAAGGACCUUUGAGGAACAGCGAUACGGACAGUAGGCGAAGGUUCGUCUCUUCUCCAGAUCAGAAGAGGAGCCCGGUGGGGUGGGGGGGUUGAACAUUUAUUAGAGACCUGCUCCAGAGGAAGCUCCUCCCAUCAGCUGUGUCCCGUAGCUGGACUGAGGCUGCAGCCGGAGCUCAGGAUCAUCUGUAUGCACAUCUUCACACGCCUGUGUUUUCAUUCCAGUCUUAACACUUUAAAUGUUUAUGCUGAAGUGACCUGGUGCCUUUCCCCACCCCCCGCCCCCCUGAGUAAAAUCGCCAUUACGGUUUUAUGUUGACUAGACCCACAGCGGCUUACGCAGUUCAUCCACUAAUCCCUGCAGUCUGUAAUGAAACCAAAUUUUAGCUGCUGACGCAAAGUAUCCUCGCCAGGUUUACCAUCUACUCUCUUUCUGUUUGAAAAUUAUUUAUUUAAUCAAAACAUAGGUA